CUCCUGAGUCUUAAAGAAAGAAGUCUGGAAAUUUGGACUCUUAUGUCUGGUGGGGAGAGGAUUUGGACUCCUGGGUCCUGAGGAAGGAGAGGACUGGGGACCUGGACUCUAGGUAUGAGGGAGGAGGGGUUGGGGACCUGGAAUCCUGGGUCUAAGAGAGGAAGAGGGGGCUGGGGGCCUGCACUUCUGGGUCUGAGGGAGUGCUGGGUUUGAGGGGGCAGGGGACUGGGGACCUGGACUCCUGGAUCUGAGGGGGAGGGGUUGGGUACCCAGACUCCUGGUUCUGAGGGAGCAGGGGACUGGGUUCCUGGGAGGAGGGAGCUGGGGGCCUGGACUCCUGGGUCUGAAGGAGGAGGGACUCAGACUCCUGGGUCUGAUGGAGGAAGGGAUCCAACUUCUACUUCCUGAGCCCUUUUCCCGUUUUUAGGCCCAGCAGUAGAGCCCCUUCCUCUGUUCUGGAAGCCCCUGAGAGGCUCAGAGAGGCCACCAUGGCGAGAUCCCUGCUCCUGCCUCUGUUGAUCCUAUUGCUGUCUUUGGCCUUGGGAGCUGCUGAACAAAAAGCUGAUGGGGACAGGAUUAUUGAUGGCCACCCAUGUCCAAACCACUCCCAACCCUCGCAGGUGGCCCUGCUCAAGGGCAAUCAACUACAUUGUGGAGGCGUGCUGCUCAACAAGUGGUGGGUGCUCACCGCUGCCCACUGCAUGAUGAAUGAGUAUAAUGUGUACAUGGGCAGUCAAGUACUGAACGACAGGAAUGCCAAGAAGAUCAGAGCCACAAAGUCAAUCCGUCACCCUGGCUACUCCACACAGACUCAUGUCAAUGACAUCAUGCUGGUGAAGCUAAGGUCCCCAGUCAAGCUGUCAUCUAGUAUGAAGGGUGUCACUUUGCCCUCCCGAUGCGAGCGCCCUGGAACCCAAUGUACUGUCUCUGGCUGGGGCACCACCAGCAGCCCUAAUGUGAAAUUUCCAUCAGAGCUCAUGUGUGCAGAUGUCAACCUCAUCUCCCACAACGACUGCAGUAAGAUUUACAAGGACCUGUUGGGCAAGUCAAUGCUGUGUGCUGGCAUCCCGGGCUCCAAGAAGAACGCCUGCAAUGGUGACUCAGGGGGACCACUGAUGUGCAAAGGAACCCUGCAAGGCCUGGUGUCCUGGGGAACGUUCCCUUGUGGCCAGCCGAACGACCCAGGUGUUUACACCCAAGUCUGCGACUUUGUUCCUUGGAUAAAGGAGACCAUGAGAAAGAAUAGAUAAAAGUUGAAUGACCGUGUGAUAUGAACAGAAAAUAAGGACGUCAGUGACCUAUAAAAACACAAUAUCAAAGACAUAUUAAAGCCCCAACAAUAUGCCAUAUUUUAAACCAAUCAAAUUAGCAAGGAUUUAAAAACAAACCAAAGAAGCACAAAAGCCUCA